AUGUUGGACCAUUUGCAUAGCACCGCAGCGUCUUCGUUAGGAGAAGAUCCAAUUGAAAACUUCCCGGCUGUCCUUGCAGUCCCCGCGGGGACAAAUGAGCACGAGCGCGCAGCGUAUGAAAAAGUGGCGGACAGCGCGGGAUUUACUGUAUUUGCAGCAAUUGACGAGCCUGUGGCUGCUCUUCAUGCGGCGGAGGAGUGUGCGAUUCAGGAGCUGCAAGACGCUGAAGCAUUGUUGACGAAAGGUCCAAUUGCAGUGCUCGAUAUUGGAGGCUACGUAUCGACGAUGUCGUUGCUCAAGAAGGAACGUCGUAGUGGCGGAUUCAAGCUACUUCACACGCUGUCGACUCAUGCGAUUUCAGGCCACCAAGUGAACGAGCUUCUGUUCCGUUCGGUGGUAGAAAAGUUUGAGCAGGAUCACGGAAUUGAUCUGUCAGUAGACUACAUGGCCAGUUAUCGCAUUCUAGAGGCGGUGGAGUCUGCGAAAGUCGAAUUGUCCAGUCGCGUAAGCACCGACAUCAAUCUCCCGUUCAUCACUGCUGACCAGAAGGGAGCCAAGCACUUGGUUCAUAGGAUCACAUCGUUUGACCUCGCGCGCGUUCAGGAAGGCCCCGCUAGAGAAGCGAUUGCACUUUGCAACCAAGUAUUGAACGAGGCCAGUGUAUCUAAGGAAGAUCUUAGCGCAUUCGUGCUCAUCGGUGGGGGUGCAAAGUCCGAAUUUAUGCGAGAGCAGCUUGAAACUUUCUUCAAGCUAUCUGCAUUUAGCACAAAGAACUUCCGUCCUGAAGAAGCUGUGGCCCUAGGUGCCGCGGAAUAUGGCCGCAAGUUAGUGCAAGAGUACUAA